AUGUCUACCGAAACCAGCAUACCAGAAGUCUCGCAAACCGAGCGCCAUGGCUACCUCUUUGGUCACCCGAUCGCCCACUCAAUGUCGCCUUUACUACACAAGACCGUGUACGACAACCUUGGAUUGAACUGGGCUCAAUACCCUCUGGAGUCAAGAGACAUGAGUCUGUUCCUGCAAUUGAUCAAGCAUCCUCAAUUCUACGGCGCCUCGGUCACAAUGCCCCACAAGGUCGCCAUACUAAAACACCUCGACGGCCUCACAGAAGAGGGAAGGGACGUAGGCGCAGUCAACACACUUUUCAUCCAACAAGACGCGUCAGGGAACCGGUUAUACAUGGGGACCAACACCGACGUCAUAGGGAUAAGAGAUGCUUUCGCAUACAACGUGGAUCCGGCGAAGUUUGAGAACAGACCUGCGUUAGUGAUCGGCGGAGGCGGCGCAGCGAGAAGCGCCGUGUAUGCGCUGAGGAAGUGGAUGAAGGCCAGUGCCAUAUAUCUUGUCAACAGAGAUCCCACAGAAGUCGCUGCUGUCAUCGAAGAGUGCACAGCCCGCGGCUACGGCGACUCCCUCGUCCACGUCUCAUCCGUCUCACAAGCACAAAGCCUCGAAGGUGUCGGUGCGAUCGUAGCCUGCGUACCGAACUUCACACCCGUCACACCUGCCGAAAUCGAGGCGCGGCAAGUCCUCGAAUGCUUCCUUGCGAAGUCGCACAAGGGAGCUUUAUUGGAGAUGUGCUACCACCCCACGACAUGGACGGAGAUUGCGGAGGUAGGAAAACAAAACGAUUGGCAGAUCGUGCUAGGGACAGAGGCACUGAUAUAUCAGGGUCUGGAACAAGACCGGUAUUGGACAGGGAAAGCCGUAGCGGAUCUGCCGGUGGUGCAGGUGCAGGAGGCGAUCGCCAGAAAGUUGAACGAAGCAAGGCUGUAG